CAGUGGGAAGGUGCGCGCAGGGGGACCUGUUGGAAAUGACGGGAGCUGAAAUCCUGUUUCACUAAAGAAAUCACAACAAGCAAAGCAACCCGGGGUCUAAGGCAGAGAGCACCGAGCCAGCGGAUAACUGGGUAAUGCUCAAUGGAGACGCUCAUGAGUGCCGUGGCGCCGGUGAAGCGCGUGCCCGAGGUGGACUUCCGCUCGGGCACGACGCUGGAGGAGCUGUCGGCGCAGGUGCACGCGCUCGUGAUGCUGGAACAGGGAGAGUUCGGGGACCAGACCGCGCUCGAGGUGCACACGGCCAAAGACUUCAUCUUUAAUAUGUUAGGCCUGGUGCAAAAGGUAGACAAACGACUACCGGUUGCCAACGAAUACCUGCUGCUAUCAGGUGGGGCCAGGGAAGGUGUUCUUGACCUUAACCCAGAGGACCUUGGUGACUACGCCAAAGGUGUUGACUAUGAUUUGGACUUCACUCUACUGGUGCCAGCUCUGAAAUUGCAUGACCGCAAUCAGCCUGUGACGCUGGACAUGAGGCAUUCCCCACCUUGCCAUUCAUGGCUAAGCCUGCGCCUCUGCGAUCCCGCGAUGCUGAUGCGUUGGGGAAUCUGCUGUCAAGACGAGAUUAACACCGAGAAUAAAGAUGCGGAAGAGGAAGAAACUGGCGGAGCACCCGGCUCAAUCCCAUCUCUACAGCAUCCUCCAUCAUUAGAUGGGUGCUACUUCUCUCCGUUGUUGGUCGCCGAUUGGUUCUGGAGUGUAGUUGGGACAGCGGUUGAAGACUUGCGGAGGAAUCCUCAAAGAGGGAUCCCUGUUCCUGAUCGUGUGGAGCGUAACGGCCCUUUAACAACGCUGAUUCUCACGGCAGGAACUAGCCGGAUCCUCUACGACUUGCUUCCAGUGGUGUCGUUCCGUGGCUGGCCGGCCGUCGCACAGGGCUGGCUCACGACCAACCAUUUCUGGGAUGGUAAAAUAACAGAAGAGGAGGCCAUCAGUGGGUUCUACCUGCUCCCAUGUUAUUCUCCAGCUGCAAGUCCCUCAACCAGACCUGAUCGCGAGUGGAGACUUGCCUUCUCCCGCAGUGAGGUUCAGCUAAAGAAAUGCGUGCCCUACCCAAUGGCACAAGCCUUCCAAGCGGCUAAAGCCGUAUUGUCAAGACUGUUAGCUCGCCCUCGCACCGGCCUUAGCCUCUACCACCUGCGUACCUUGAUGUUUUGGGCAUGCGAUCGCUUGCCGACCAGCUUCCUUAGCUGUCCAGAUAACGAGACACCUGCACGACUCUUCCUUGGUCUUCUCGAUGACUUGUCUCACUGCGUUCUGGGCAAAAACUGUCCCAAUUACUUCCUACCCCAGUGCAACAUGCUAGAGCAUCUCACGGACGGCGCUGCCCUGUUAGUCGCGCGUAAACUUGCACAUUUACGUUCUGAUCCUGCAGAGCACUUAAGAGCUGCUUUAGAGCAAGCGCAACAGGCAUGCCAGCUCAAACGAGAGGCAGCGGGAGCUGGGAGCAAUGGCUUAUCGUCGCCUAGCCACGGAUAUGGUGCAGGAUCACCUCAGGAUGACCGGCUAGCACAGCGACUACAACAGCUGGUGACAGAAAACCCUGGCAAAUCAAUUUCAGUCUUCCUCAACCCAGACGACGUCACACGUCCUCAUUUCCGCAUUGAUGACAAGUUCUACUGAGUGGACGGAGUGGUUAACACACUUACCAGGGUACAGAAACCCUAUAUAACAGAACUUAUAACGGACAUGUCACUGUACUUCUGUAUUGAGCCAAAUUGUCUCCAGAGUUUUGUUUUUCGCUCAACAAGGCUGACUACAAUCAAAGCACCUGCUCGAUGCUCCCAUGAGGGUUUAACGGGUGUCACACAUGUCAGGGAGAACAGAACAGAUUUUUUAGUUAUGUGACUUGAUAAUAGAGAGCCUAAGUCCCGCCCCUUCGCUUCCGGCUCAUGGGACCUUAUU